GUUCAUGCAAACUGUCAGUCAAGAAUGGCAUGAAGGACCUGGGUGUGACUGCUCUGCUUUGGAGACCUCCUUGCCACUGAGCCAGCAGACCUGGGAGCUCCUGGGAGCCUAAAGCAGGCUGAAGAUGCUGAGCCGUUUGUCGGGUUUAGCAAGUACCGUUCUACAGGAGCUGUCAGGGGAGGAUGGAGAUGCAGUUACUGAACCCUCCACUGCUGUCCAAGCUUUGGAGCCAGAACCAGAAAGCACGGAGGGGGCACCCGAGGAGCUGCUGGAGCGCCUGGCCCAAACCGAAAAGCUGGUGGUUCAGCUGAAGGAUUUGAUCCGAGAAAAGGAUGCUCUGCUCCAGGAAAAAGAAACUGCACUCAAGGAAGAGCGAGAGGCUGCGGAUGCGAAGCUGAUGAAACUGAAACUUCAGGCCAAAGCCAAACUGGCCACUCUGAACAAACGCAUCGAGGAGCUGACAGGGAAAGGAGCACCUACACAGGCCUCAUCAGAAGAGCAGGAGCAUCCCAAGAAUAAUGAAAAUACGAGCGAAGGGCACAGGGAGGAGGUGGAAGCGCUGAAAGAGCAGCUCAGGGAGCGAGAGGAGACUGUUCAGGACCUGAAGGAACAGCUGGCUCUAGCCAGAGGGAAUCUGGAAGAUGCUGAAAUCAAGCAUGCAACACAGCUGAGAUCCCUGCAGGAGGUGAUUCAGGAGAAGGAAGCUCUGCUGGAGGAGCAGAGGCACCAGCAUCAAGCUGAAUUGCUCAAGAUGAUGGCCCAGUCAGAUCUGGAAGUAGAGAUGCAACAGAACCUGCGCACGCUCCAGAGGAAGCUGGAGGAGCAGGAGGCGGCUCUGCUGGGGAGGACUCAGGUGGUGGAGCUGCUGCAGCAGGAGUUACACUCUGCUGAACAACAAAACCAGACGCUCCUGGCUCAGUGCCAGAAGAUGGAAGUGGAUCUGAGCUCCGUGAGGAAUGUGCUGGAUGCAGAGAGACAGGAAUCUCGGGAUCUCAAGGAGAAGAUGGAGCUGGAACUCGCUGAGAGGAAGCUGUCGUGCCACCGCCUGCAGGAGGAGGUGCAGCAGCUGGAGGAGCAGCUGGAGGAGGCAAGGAGAGCACGAGCUGAGCUGGAGGUGAAGCAGAAAGACCUGGAGCAGGAACACAGCCUGGAGGUGGAAGAGAAAAAGCAGCAGAUCAGUUGUCUGCUGGUGGCUGAGCAGGAGCUGCAGCGUGGCCAUGAUGCCCUCCUGGCUGAGAACAACCAGCUGAAGCAGGAGCUCAGCCAGCUCCUGGUGGCAUCUGCAACCUCCAGGGCACGGGAUGAACUUGUACAGAAAUCUGAGGAAUUUGCCUGCUGUCAGAAUGAGUUGAAAUCCCAGUCACAGGUGGAAGUCUCUGAACUGGAGCAGCAGGAUAAAUCAACGUCACAGGAAAGAAUAAUAGAUCAGGAAGAUCAGGAUGAGACUUCAUUCCUACCCACAGAAAACUUGGAAAGGCAGAAGACUGAAGAAGUACCACAUUCGCAGCUGGUUCUCCAGGAGCCUCAACAGGAAGCUGUGACCAUCACAGAGGAUGCAAAACAGGCAAGAACAGAUAGCUUUCCCAGUGGAAGCUUUCCCAAGCAGCUCACUGAGGAAAGUGGUUCUCCUGGAAUUCUGGAAUAUAUUGCUGCAGAGAAACACAGAGAGCUGUCGGUUUUGCUGCUGGAACUGAAAGAAGCCCAAGAAGAAAUAGAUUUUCUGAAAAACCAGCUCAAGGGCCCCUCUGGGCAAAUUUCUACAGGCAGCCAAACAGGAGAAGAGGUUAACCAGCUGGAAGAGAAUUCCCAGAUCCAGGGUGUGGAGAGGGAAGAGCAGAAGGUUUCAGAUGCACAGAAUGAGUUGGGUGGUGGCUCAUUACAGAGAGAAGCAGAAAUGCAGCAAAUUGACCUCUUUCAGGAAAGCAGACUCAGUCUCCAAGAAGAGCCCCAGGGGAUUCCUGUCUUCUACAGGGGUGAGGGAGAGGCAAUCCAAGGAAUCUCCACAGCAGAUCCAGAGCCUGGCGCCUCUCAAUCUCAGGAACUGGUAAAGUUACAAAACCAAAUUGCAGAACUGCAAGUAAUUCUUCAGAAAUCAGAAGAAUCCUUUAAGAAAGACCUAGGAGAAAAAAGUGCAGAAAUAAAUAGGCUAAACCAGCUGGCAGAGGAGUACAGGAAAAAAAUAGAGGAUUCCGACAGCGCGUUUUGUGUCUUGGCUGAAGAACGAGAUCGGCUCCUGGGUCAGGUGAAGGAACUUCCUGCCAUAACAGAACUGAAAGAGCAAAUGAAGCAACUUGAGGAAGACCUGGCCCUUUCAGAAAAGCAGAGGCUGUCUGACAGUCAAAGCAGUCUUCUGAGAGAACAAAUCCAGAGCCUCAAAAAUGAAUUUAAAUCCAAGGAUAUAAAAAUCGAAGCUUUGCAGAAAGACCUGGACGAAGCACAACUUCAGCUCUCUGACCAGGACGCACAACUGAAGGAUCUGAGAAGCCAGAUGGAGAUGAAGGAGGGUGAAGUGCUUAAGCUAGAACAACUUUUGAGGAAGAACACAGCAGAGAUGGAAGAGCUUUCCCAGGAGUUAAGCUCGAAGGGGCACGAAGCAGCAAGCCUGGAACAGCUUGUUGCUGAUCACACCAGGUCCAUAGAGAGCCUGCAACAAGCCUUGCUGGAGAAGGACCGACAAAUGACGGAGCUCAGCAUCAGCAUGUCCGAGAAAAUGGUCCUGCUGAACGAGGAGAAGUUUUCUCUGGAAAAUGAGCUGAAGAGUCUGAAAGAGCAGGCGAGCCUGUUGUUAAAAGAGCAGGAAGGAAAAGACCGACACACGGGAGCAAAAGAUGAGGGCCUGAAAUGUGGGGCAUCUGAGCAGCAGAACGAGGCAGGAGCAGCGGGCAAAGAAAGUGAAGAAUUAGUAAAUCAAGUGGAAUUAGUAAAUCAAGUGGAAUUAGUAAAUCAAGUGGAACUCCUGAGGAAAGAAAACGAGCAAGUAAAGCGGAAGCUGCAAGCGGCGCUUGUGAACAGGAAGGAGCUCCUGAAGAAGGUCAGCACGUUGGAGAGUGAAUUAGCACAGCAGAGCAGAGAGCAAGGAUCAGAAACCUCAGUGGCUCAGGCAGCUGCAGGGGAAGAAAAUAUGAGAAGCAGAGAAGUGAGUCUUGAAAAGCAGCCCAGGGAAGAGUAUCUAAUUCAACUGCUUUCUGAAAAGGAGUCAGAAUUGCAAAGCAUCCGGAAGGACCUGCGGGAUAAAGAAACUACUGAAGCACAACUGCAGGCAGUGAUUGAGGAAAUGAGGCAAAGCUUGCAAGGUAAGGCAGACACCGUUUCAGUCAAAGAUGAAAUGGUGGAGCAUCAGAUAAUUGCUGACAAAGUAACUGAAACCAAGGAAAGCCCGGAAGGUUGUGAAGAAAAUGAAAAACCGAGCUCGGCAGCCACAAAUCUGGAAGAAGACCAAAAGUCUGCCCUGAAAGAAAGGAUUUCGGUUCUCGAACAAGAAAAAGAACUGCUUCAAAAAAAACUCCAGGAAGCCCUGGCAUCUCGCAGAGACACUAUAAAAAAGGCUCAAGAGAAAGACAGGCAUCACAGAGAACAGCUGAAACAGCAGAAAGAUGAUUACAACAUCCUGCAAGAACAAUUUGAUCAACAGAGCAAAGAGAAGGAGAGCAUCCAAACUCAGCUCAGACAACUCCAAGAACAGAAAGGACCAGCAGAGGGUGUUCUUGGGAAGCAAGGUGGGUUGGAUCCUUCGUGCAUGGAAGCAGAAAAUACAACAAAUAGCAAGCUUUUGCAAGCUGCAGAUGUUUCUGAGGAAGAGUUUGAAAAACAGCUUGAAAAACUGCAGAUGGAGAAAGAGGAAUUGGAACAUAGCGUCAGACACACGCAAAGUGAACUUGCUUGCAAGUCAGAAUUAGUCUUUGAUUUGCAACAGCACAUAGCACAGUUGUUUCUGGAGAUAGAAGGGCUGAAGAGAAGCUCUGAGCAAGCUGAGGCUAAGGCAGCAAGUGUUCAGAUGGAACUGGAGGAGAGCGAAGCAAAAAUUUCCACAGAGGCCGGUCUUGAAGACUGGAAAGCCCUCGUGCACCAAAAGGAUGAAGAAAUGGAUUUCCUUAACUUGCAGUUAAAGGAGAAGAGCAAAGCUCUGAGUGAUGUGCAGGCCCAGCUGCUGGAAAAAGAGGAUUUAGUCAAAAGCCUGUGUGGUCAGUUAGAAGCUCAGGCUCAGGUGCACGAGGAGCAAAGCAAGAGACUGCAGACAGAGCUGCUGGAAAUUCAGGAGAAGCAAGAGGACAGUGAAGAAGCAGCUAAACAGAAGAAUCAAAUGCAGAGAAAGCUGCAGGCCGCGCUUAUCUCGAGAAAAGAGGCACUAAAGGAGAGCAAAUCUCUAAAAGAGGAGCUGGCUAGUGCCAAAGCUACUAUUGACAAUCUUUCUGUCAAGCUGGUAGAUACGGAAAGCCAAAUCUGUGGCUAUGUUAAAGAAACAGAUGCUUUAACAGAAAAGUUGGUGUGCCUGACUGGAGAGAGAGAAAAACUGAUUGCAGAAGUUGAUAAAGCACUGAUAGAAAAUCAGUAUCUCGAUGGAUGCUGUAAAAACCUAACGCUGACUCUGGAUAGAGUCGUUCUGGAGAGGGAGCAGCUGGAGAAGGAGAUGGAAUCGCUGAGAUGCUCUCAAGCCACCGAGAGCUCUGAGUGGCAGGAGAAGUACAAGGAGCUGCAGGGAGAGUAUGAAACUCUGCUGCAGUCCUACGAGAACGUGAGCAACGAGGCCGAGCGGAUUCAGAGAGUGUUGGAAACCGUUCGGCAGGAAAAGCAGGACAUUUUCACGAAGCUGAAAAGCGCUGAAGCCAAAAAAGAGGAAACGGAUAAGCAGCUGCAGGAAGCAGGGCAGGAAAUGGAGGGGAUGAAGGAGAAAAUGAGGAAAUUCGCGAAAUCCAAGCAGCAGAAGAUCCUGGAGCUAGAGGAGGAGAAUGAGAAGCUUAGAGCAGAGAUGAAUUUUACAGGUGGGGAGCCACCCAGGACUGGAGAGGUCUUGGUAAAUGCCAGCCUGAAAGAAGAUCUGGAGUGCUGCAGGAGGGAAUGCCAGUCUCUUUCUGCUCAGCUUGAGACAGUGAUGGCUGAAAAGGAGUCUCUUAAUCAAGAGGUCACAGACUUAAAGGGUCUUUUGCAGUUAACAGAAUCUAAACUGAAGGAAAGCAGGGAACUUGUAGAUGGGCACGUUGCUCAGACGACAACUGGCAAAGAAACAAACGAGGCAGUUGCCACACCCCCACCACUGGAAAGGUCUGAAAAUCGAGUGGAAAUAACUUUUAAAGCGGAGUCUUCUCCUGCAGAGCUGGAACAGGAGGGGUUUGAAGGUGGCAGCCCCUGUGAGGAUCCUGGCACCUCCAGACAGCGGAUCGCUGAGCUCACCCAGCGGAUCGCGGAGCUGGAGGGUGACAGAAGGGCUUCAGAGCAACAGCUGGGUGACACCCAUGCGUUUGUGGAGGCUUUGGCAGGUGAGAAAAGGGCUUUGGAGUGCCAGGUGGAAGAGAAAACCCGUGAAGUGAAAGCUCUGCAGGCCACGGUGGCAAAGAUGGAGCAGACGGUCCAAAAAGUCACGGAUGACCUCGCCAGGAUGACAGAGCUGAAGGAUGCACUGGAGGCCGAGAAGGAUGACUUGGAAGAGAGGCUCAUGAAUCAGCUGGCAGAGCUGAAUGGAAGCAUUGGUAACUAUCAGCAGGAUGCAACAGAUUUUCAGAUCAAAAACGACCAACUGAAGCAUGAGGUUCAGAGUUUGCAGAGAGCGGUGCGGGAACUGGAGGAGGAGAAAAGUCAGAUGGCAAAGGAGAGGAGCAAGGAGAGUUCAGAGAAGCAAAUAGAAUUUGUAGAAAAGCUGAAAUGCAGUUGGAGGGGAGAGAGCAGCACGCACGUGAAGGAGCUUCAAGAGCUGCUGAAACAGAAACAGCAGGAGAUUAAGCAGCUGCAGAAGGACUGCAUUAAAAGCCAGGAGAAAACCAGUAGUUUAGAAAGAACUGUUAAAGCUCUGGAGUUCCUGCAGAGUGAGACUCAGAAAGAGGUAGAAGUAGCCAAAGAGACUUCAGCAAAAGCAGCUGAAGACACCAAGAAAGCCCAGGCAGAGCUGGCUCUCUGCAGAGUGGUGCUGGAUGACACGCAGAGCGAGGCAGCGAGGGUGCUGGCAGAGAGCGUCAAGGUGAAAGAAGAGCUGCAGGCAACCAAAGAGAACGUUAAACUUCAGAUGAAGAAAAAGGACGAGGACUUCGAGAGAAGGCUGGAACAGGAAAAAGGCAAGCACUCAAAGGAAGUGAAAAACAUGGAAGAGAAGCUGGCAGCUUUGCAGAGGGAGAAGGAGCGUGUGGAAACAACCAUUGGUGAUCUGCAAGACUCCCUGAAGGCAAAGGAUCGGGAGGCCAAGCAGCUGGAAGGCAGUCUAAACAAAGCACUGGCCCAGCUUGCAGCCUUCACCAGGAGCAUGUCUUCCCUUCAGGAUGACAGGGAUCGAGUGAUAGACGAAUCAAAAACCUGGGAAAAGAAAUUCACCGAAACUAUUCAGAAGAAGGAGGAAGAAAUACGCUCGAAAGAGGAGGCCUGUGUUGUGCUGCAGGACCAGCUGAAGGAGAUGACCACACGUGUGGAAGAGCUCCAGGCUCAAGUAUCCAGGCUGGAAUGCAGCAGGAAAGACUUGGAGUCUGACUGCAGGAAGGAGAUUCAGCAGCAUCAAAAGACGUGUGAAACGCUGCAGGAGGAAAAAAAAGAGCUUUUGGCUCGGCUGGAAGGGUCUCAGGAACUGUACAGCAAGUGUCAGAACGAGCAGCAGGAACUGGAGUCAGAAAUCAGCAGGCUGAGAGACCAGCUGGCUGACUUACAGAACUCCCUCACCAAAUGUGAGCUGGCCGGGGAAGAGCUGGGGAGUGUGGUCAAGCAGCAAGAGAGCAGUAUCCUGAAUUACAAAUUCAGCUGUGAACAGCUCGAAGCCGACCUGCGGGCUUCCAAGGAGCUCACAAACAAGUUGCACGAGGAAACCAGCGCGAAAGAUCAGAAGAUCGUGAGUUUGCUGUCUGCCAAAGAAGAAGCGGUGAUGGCUGCUCUGUCUGAGUUACAGCAGCGACAUUCCGAAGAGGUGAAAGAGCUGGAGGGUAGGCUAAGCAAGGGGGAAGAAGAGAAAAAAGCCUUGGAAAAUGAGAAGAACAAAUUCCUUGGCAAACUCGAUCGCCUCACUGAGAAGAUGAACGUGAGCAGAGAAGAAAGCAAGCGGCAGAAGGCGCAGCUGGACUCCUUCACCAAGUCCAUGUCGUCCCUGCAGGAUGACCGAGACCGCGUCCUCAGGGACUACAAGCAGCUGGAGGAACGUCACCUUGCCGUCAUCUUGGAAAAGGACCGGCUAAUCCAAGAGGCCGCUGCCGAAAACAACAACCUCAAGGAAGAGAUGAGAGGUUUCCACAGCCGGAUGGAUGACCUCAACUCGGAGAACGCCAAGCUGAACGCGGAGCUGGUGAGGUACAGGGAAGACCUGAACCAAGUAAUUUCAAUAAAGGACUCCCAACAGAAGCAGCUUCUCAAAACGCAGCUUCAGCGGAUCCAGAGUCUGGAAAAGGAGAAGGCGGCCGUGGAAACACGGCUGAAAGAGUCUGAGCACGCUCAGGAUGAUCUCAGGAAGGGCGUGGAAGGUUUGAGGGAGGACAAAGUCAGCAUGGCUCAGGAGAUUGAAACCCUCAGGUCCUCUCUGGCCCGGCUGCAGGGUGAGAUGGCAGCGCUGCGGGAGGGGAGUCCUAUCGUGGAGUGUCAGGCAGAGCUGAAGGCCCGAGAGGAGGAGGCCCAAGAACUGAGUCACAAGCUUUCCCUCUCCCAGAAAAGAAUAUCUGAACUCGAGGAGGAGCUAGGAUGUGUUCAGAGGGAGGCAGCCAAGAGAGUGGGAGAGGCUGAGGACAGGCUUCGGAAGGAACUGAAGCACCUGCAUCACGAUGCGGGGAUAAUGAGGAACGAGACGGAGACGGCGGAGGAAAGAGUAGCAGAGUUGGCCCGGGACUUGAUGGAAAUGGAGCAGAAAUUGCUCGUGGUCACGGAUGAAAACAAAGAUCUCCGAGCUCAAAUCCAGUCCUUUGGGAGGUCCAUGAGCUCUCUUCAGGACAGCCGCGACCAGGCCAAUGAAGAGCUUCGUGUUUUGAAGCAGAAAUACUCUGCAGACUUGGAGGAGCAAAAGGGUCUGGUGGAGAACCUUCAGAAACAGGUGGCUCAGCUACAAGAGGAGCAACAUUCCACUGCCAGGGACCGAGACACAGCGAGGUGUGAACUGAUGGAACUGCAGAAAGCCACUGAUGAAAGAGGUUUCUUGGCACAGAUUGAGAGACUGAAUCAGCAGCUCAGAGCCAAAGACGCUGAGCUCCUCCGUUUGUCUUCGGAACUGGAAGGCUCCUCCAACCAGGUCAGAUCCUUCUCCAAGGCCAUGGCAAGUCUGCAGAAUGAGCGAGACCGUCUGCUGAACGAGCUGGACAAAGCACAGAAGGUGGAAGAAGCGAAACAACAAACAGAAGGGAGCACUUCCAGCACCCCCUCGGAAGUGCAGAGCCUGAAGAAGGCCCUGUCCUCCUUGCAGAAUGACAGGGACAGAGUAGUGAGAGAGCUGAAGAAUCUGCAGCAGCAGUACAUCCUGGUGGGAGUGGAAGCCGCCGAGAACUCUCGCCUGAAGGCCCAGCUGCAGGAGUGGCAGCAGGAGGCAGACAAACAGCUCAGGCUGCAGGAGCAGCUGAAGCAAGAAGGGGUUGUGUGCCAGCAGGAGCUCCAGCAGCUCAGACAGGAGAAGAGCACCUGGGAGAAGCAGAGCAGCAGCAUGAGGGAGCAGUACCUGAUGGCCUUGGCAGAGAAGGACAAGCAGCUGAGCCACCUCCAGAGGAUCAGCCAGGAAAUGAGGCUGCCCUACAGCAACUCUCCAGCUGCAGAGGAGCAGCACCAAACCAAGAUUCCUCCAGAAGCCUUGAAAGGGGACUUUUCAAGCCUAGAAACAGAGAUGAAACAUCUCCAGGCCCAGCUGAGUGACAGCCUGAAAGAACUGCACCAAAAAGAGCUCAGAAUUCAGCAGCUGAACAGCAAGCUGUCUCAGGUGUUCGAGGAGAAGAACGCCCUCUCCCUGCAGCUGCGCGGGAGCGGCCGCAGCGUCUGCGAGAGCCACCAGCACUACAGCGAGGUGCUGAACCGCUGCCUGGUGCUCGAGAGGCAGCUGCAGGAGCUGCAGGCUGCAGACAAGGGCGUGGAGCUCUUUGCAACAGACGCUGCUCCAGGAGCCCCCCAGGAGAAGAACGAGCAGCAGAGAGGCAGUUACACACCUGAACUGCAGGAGUUGCAGCUGAGGUUGUCCGAAACAGAACAUUUACACAGCAGCACAAAGCAGGAUCUGAGGUAUCUGGAGGAGCAGCUGGAGGAGGAACGGGACCGUCGUCUCGCUGCAGAGGAGGCUCUUUCUGCGGCCCAGGAUCAGAUCAGGAGGUUGCAGUCAAGUGAGUGGGCGUCCUCCUUAAGUACCAGCAUUGAUGUGACUCCAGGUCAUGAGCACUCCUUGCUGAUCGACUCCAUGGAUAACAAUUCCAGCAGAACUCGGAAUAUCCAUGGACUCCGACGCCUGUUCCGCUCUCUCUUCCGUUCCCGGACCCACCUGCCUCUGCUGGUGGCCACUUAUCUGCUUGCCCUCCACGUCCUGCUCUUCCUGUGCUUUACAGGCCACCUGUGAGCAGGAGGGACAAGGCCCUCUGUGUGCACUGAGGGCCUGCAUUCCCUGCUGAUGGGCAGCGCUUCUCCCAGCUGCUGCCUCCUCCUUUCCC